UGAGACAUAUGUAUAAUCUGACAGACGGAACUCAGGGCAAGGUAUCUCCAAACACUUUCCCGUGUAUUGAUUGAAAAGGUUGCAUGAUCAACGUUGCCUCUGGUGUUACUUCUGAACAAAUAUCAACGUUAGCUGUCUUCAUACAGGAAAGUAGUUGGGGCCAGGCAAACAUAACCAGCAUGCUGGCACCGCAGGCGAAUCGGGUCAUGGCAGUCAAAGAAUGGGAGGAACGCUGGCAGGAGGAUAGAAUUGGCUUCCAUCAGCCUCAUGUACACAAGAUGCUAGAGGACAAUAUUGAUAAAGUUAUUGCUGGACGGACAGGAGUUCGCUUCUUCUUCCCUCUCUGUGGGAAAGCUGUAGAUAUGAAAUGGCUAGCAGACAUGGGCCAUUCAGUGGUUGGGGUGGAGAUAUCUGAAAAGGCUAUAAAACAGUUCUAUGAGGAGAACAACAUGACCUACAGCGAGGAGUCUAUCCCUGCCAUACCUGGAGCAAAGGUUUACAAGAGCUCAGAGAGAAAUAUUUCCCUAUAUCAAUGUGACCUGUUCAACUUCUCCAGUUCCAUUGAUGGUCAGUUCGGGGGGAUUUGGGACAGGGGAUCUCUAGUGGCCAUCAAUCCAAGAGACAGAGAAAAGUAUGCGGCUCUCAUAACUUCUCUCAUGGCCAAAGACUGCAGAUACCUCUUGGACACUUUGUUGUACAAUCCUGAAUUAUACGCAGGUCCUCCCUUUUUAGUGCCUAAUGAACAAGUACACGGCCUGUUUGGGAACAGCUGUGAUAUCGAACUGCUGCAGUCGGUGGAUGCCCUGACAGACAGACAGCGAGCCUGGGGGCUAGACUACCUCACAGAAAAUGUACACCUCAUUACUCCAAAGAGUAAAAACUAACUUGUACAUUUAGAGUACUCAGAAAAGCAGAUGUUGGGCAUUUUAUUGCAAACAUAGGUCCAAGGAAAUGUAUUUUAAUGCUUAGACAUCUUUUUGAUACAGUGGGGGUUCAUGGAAAUAAAAUGUCAAGAGAAUCUAUGCCUCUAAGAACUGUAAUAUUUUAAAUACCUAACAAAAUAAAACUUCUUUUGUAACAAG